GUGUACAUGUGAAUGAAGAGGACUUCCUGUUGUUGGAGCUCUUGGACUGGUUUAAGAAUGACUUUUUUCAUUGGGUAAAUAAUCUUCCUUGCAGCAGGUGUGGUGGGCAGACAGAGCCUAAAAGUAACUACCUGUUGCCUACUGAUGAUGAUCUAAAGUGGAACGCCAGUCGAGUGGAAAAUCAUUACUGCAACCAGUGUCAGUUCUGUAAUAGAUUUCCAAGGUAUAAUAACCCUGAAAAACUUCUAGAAACCAGAUGUGGACGCUGUGGCGAGUGGGCCAACUGUUUUACGCUGUGUUGCAGAGCUGUAGGGUUUGAAGCUAGAUAUGUCUGGGACUGUACAGAUCAUGUGUGGACUGAAGUGUAUUCUUCAUCUCAGAAAAGAUGGCUUCACUGUGAUCCUUGUGAAAAUGUCUGUGAUAAACCUCUUCUCUAUGAAACUGGGUGGGGAAAGAAGCUCUCCUACAUAAUUGCAUUCUCCAAAGAUGAGGUUGUUGAUGUCACCUGGAGAUACAGCUGUAAGCAUGAAGAAGUUCUCUCUAGAAGGACAGCACUCAGUGAAGCUACACUACGUGAAACAAUUAAUGCACUAAAUAAAACGAGACAACGAUCUUUGUCAGAAAAUAGAAAAAGAGAGCUCUUGGAAAGAAUGAUUGUGGAGCUUGUUGAAUUCAUUUCUCCUAAAACGCCUAAACCUGGAGAAUAUGGCGGAAGGACAUCAGGUUCAAUGGCUUGGCGAGUAGCCAGAGGUGAAAUUGGUCCAGAGGAAAGAAAAGAAGUAAUUUUUAUUCCCUCUGAAAAGGAGAAGACAUCUAAACUCUUCCACCUCAUCUACAAUAUAGUAGAAGAUAGUUAUAUCCGUAUUUCCAAUAAUAAUGAAAAAAUAACUGGCUGGGAAACAGGUGUUUGGAAAACAGAGUCUAUUUGGAGAAAGGUUGAAACAGAUUGGAAAAUGGUUUAUUUAGCCCGAAAAGAGGGAUCGUCCUCUGCUUCCAUCAGCUGGAAGUUUGAGUGCAAGUCAGUUGGUCUAAAAAUAGAUAACAUUUCGGUUAGGACAAGCAGUCAGACAUUUCAGAGUGGAAGAAUAAAGUGGAGACUAAGCUCUCCAACAGCAGAAAUUCCUCUGAUAGGAGAUAAAAAUCUUUGCUCCUGUUCAGAGUUUUCUGGUGCAACAGAAGUUACGUUGGAAGCAAUUCUAAAUGGAGGGGAUGGUGAAGCUGCAUGGCAACACACACAGCUGUUUAGAGAGAGCUUAACAGGAUGUGGAGAAAAUUGCUUGGAGAUAAUUAUAAAACUCCAUGACCUCUGA